ACAUCCAACCAUCCUCCUGGCAUUUGGCAUUUCUCCCCCGCCAUCUAGGUGCACUCGUUUGCCUUUGUGUGUUUGCGUACGCCUGCUGCUAAACCCUCCAUUCUUUCGGGUCCCGCCCAGCCUGCCGCUUCACAUUGUACAUCUACUUCCUCCGCUCACACGUCUCUCGCUCUCCGUCAUCCUCCUGCUACCUCUCACCAUCAGGUCUCACCAGUGCCGGGUCCUAACGCUCGCUGCCCAAUCAUCACUGGUCACCAAGUCAUCGCUCGCUACUCGCUCUACUACCGGGGGAGUUGGGAAGAACGUUGGAAUAGCUCUCCCCAGCUUUCACCUUCUCUAGCCCUUCCACACAUUCGCUCACCCAUCUCACCACGCUCACUCUCACCUCGUCGUCCAAAAUGAAGAAGAACCACGGAUACGAGGAGGAGGUCGAGAUUGACGUCCUCCAGACCCCUCCGCACCUUCACCACCACCACAACAACAGCGUCCCCCAACCUUACGGCGGCUACGGCCAGCCUGCGCCCGAGUACUCCAACAGGCCUGGCACCGCCAACGGACGUCAACCUCAAGCAAACCCGGAUGAAUACUACUCAGUAUGGGAACCCGCAGGUACCGGCCGCUACAGCGCCCAGUCCUUUGGAGAAUCACCCGUUCACUCUCGCCCUGAGACGCCGUCCCUGAACAGCGCCUACGGAACGCCAUAUGACCUUCGCCCUCCCCCUAAAAAUGUCUACUCCAGUGACUCGGGGCCCACGACGCCCAUGUUUGGCUGCCCUGCUCCCCAAUGGCCCUGCUCCCGUCAUUGA